GAGACACACAACCGGCGCCCACCACCUCGCCCAACUGAUGACGCCUCGCUCGCCGUCUUCCUCGGCUCUGGCGGCCACACGGCCGAGAUGAUGCGCCUCGUCGCGCACCUCGACUGGCGCCGGUUCCCGACUCGCACCUGGAUCAUCUCGUCCGGCGACACGCUCAGCGAGCGCAAGGCCCUCCAACUAGAGCGCACCAUCGCCUCGGGACAGUUCCGCAUCCUGCGCAUCCCGCGCGCCCGCAAGGUCCACCAGUCGUACCUCACGUCGCCCUUUACGACGCUGUACUCGCUCGCGAGCUGCGUGUGGCACAUUACCCUCGCGCCGCUCCUCCUCCCGACCUCUUCCACCACCGUGAGGAGAGUGUUCGCCGACGUCGUGCUCCUCAAUGGACCGGGCAGCUGCGUCCCCAUCACGCUCGCAGCCUUCCUUCCUCGGGUG